CAAAGCGCUCCGAACGUGCCCAAAAGCCUUGCUCCUCAAAAUUAAAUGAAGAACUUGAAGUCAUACGCGUGAUGGACUAAAGAACUUGUCUAUUUCUUCUUCAAAUUUGGUGCUAAGUGAAAAAAAUUACAAGACAAGGGAAACAUUUCAAAAAACUCUCUUAAACAUAUUUAAUAUUUAAAUCAAAGCUUCAUCAACAAAACAAAAUCUUAAUCAAGAAGGAAUAACUUAUUAAUAUUAAAUAAACCAACAAAUACGCCGAAAUCGCACAUCAAAGAAAGUGUUCUCUUACCCCGAAAUAAUCUUUACAAAUAUACCAAAAAAGAAAACUGCCAAAAAACGCAAUUUUGUCAAGAAACCGCACCGUGCAACAUGUGACGUCACAGGCAUAAAGUAUGGAAAGCAUAUCAAAAUAUUUGCCAUUUAGCUGGUUUAGCAGGCAAUGUCCCAUAGGCAGCCGCCGACCGCCGACUGGAAAUUAGCAGGCAGUUACAGUAACCGAAUCGAAAUGAAGGGAGGGUGGUUCUGCCACGGAGGAGGAGGAGGAGGAUCGGGCAGGAUGGCCAGCAUGAAGGGACGACACUCGACACCAGCUGCAGACCGCAGCAGCAACAACAGCAAGAGCAGAGGCAAAGGCAGUGUCCACUCUGGCAUUCUGUUAUUUGUGCUGACAGCGCUGACACUAACGAGCUUAAUAACGCCCACAGAGCAGCUGGCAGUGGCGCCGAAUGGAACCAUUCCGCAGCAACUGGAGCCGGAGCCCGUGGAAUCCGCGUCGUUGCCAUCCACGGCUGUCGACUACUACAACAGGCUGGUAAAUGGCAGCCUCAAUGGAACAAUGGUGGCGCCCAAUGCGCGACCCCACCUGAACCACAAACAUCGACCGACGCACCAGAAUGGCAGCCACUAUCUGGACUACGAGGAGGACAUGGACGCCGACUGCUCGUACAGCUACAACUUCAUCCUGAAGCUCAUCACGAUGAUCCUGUACGCCCUGGUCUGCAUCAUCGGGCUGUUCGGCAACACGCUGGUCAUCUACGUGGUGAUGCGCUUCUCCAAGAUGCAGACGGUCACGAAUAUCUAUAUCCUGAACCUGGCCAUCGCCGAUGAGUGCUUCCUGAUCGGCAUCCCCUUCCUGCUGUACACCAUGCAGGUGGGCAACUGGUCCUUCGGCAACUACAUGUGCAAGGCCUACAUGGUCAGUACCUCGAUCACCUCCUUCACCUCGUCGAUCUUCCUGCUGAUUAUGUCGGCGGACCGCUACAUAGCCGUGUGCCACCCCAUAUCCUCGCCCCGCUACCGAACGCCCUUCGUCUCCAAGUUGGUCUCGGCCUUCGCCUGGAUGACCUCUGUGCUGCUGAUGCUCCCUGUGAUCCUCUUUGCCAGCACUGUCCAGUCGAGCAAUGGCAAUGUGUCCUGCAACAUCGAGUGGCCCGACACCCAGAACUCGCACACCGACUCCACCUUCAUCCUGUACUCCCUGGUCCUGGGCUUCGCCACUCCGCUGACCUUCAUCCUGGUUUUCUACUGCCUGGUGAUCCGCAAACUUCACACUGUAGGACCCAAGCACAAGUCCAAGGAGAAGAAGCGGUCGCACAGGAAGGUCACCAAACUGGUGCUAACGGUGAUUAGUGCGUACAUAUUCUGCUGGCUUCCACACUGGAUUUCUCAGGUGGCUCUGAUCAGCUCGGCCCCGCAACGCUGUGCCUCUCGCCUGGAGCUGGCCGUCUUCCUGGCCUGCGGAUGCCUCAGCUACUCGAACUCGGCCAUGAACCCCAUCCUGUACGCCUUCCUCAGCGACAACUUCAAGAAGAGCUUCAUGAAGGCCUGCACCUGUGCGGCGCGCAAGGAUGUGAAUGCCCAGCUGCAGCUGGAGAACAGCUUCUUCCCCAAGUUCGGCAAGGGCAGGCAGUCGGAGCGGCUCCUCGGGGGCGGCGGAAAGGGGAACGGACAACGUGGGGCACUGGCCAAAAAGAAGGCUUUGGCGGCGGCGCGGAACAACAAUGCUCCGAUGGCCACCACAACGACCACGACAACGACCACCACGGCGGGCACGGAUGCUGUGACCUGCCUCCAGCUCCAGCCGGCGGUUCACCAGGUGCCCGUCGAGAUCCAGGCGGGCAAUCCGGCCACCGUGCUGGUGGUGAACGCCGAGACCAACAACUGUAAGCCCCCCGUGCUGCACACAGACUUAUAAGACCGGGCUCCCUCGAUGCCCCUGGAAACGGUGGUGUUCAUCGCCCGGAGGUGAGAUCGGCAGAUGGAACUGGAACUCGACGUGGGCGCAGAUCGUCGACUGAUGAGCCAGUCGGAGUGCUUGCUGUAGGCUAAGCUCUCAAUGAGAUGAUAUUGAUAUUUUAUACCACUAAGGUAGGGCUAUGCGGAAACGGAAAAAAUAAUACGAUUUUUACAAGGUGGAAUCUCAAGGAACGUAUGCUGAUUUACAAAUGGUUUUUAUUUACAUUAUUGCCAACGAAUACAAGUAGUUAAGUACCAACUUUUAAAAAUAAUUAAUUGAUUCCAAAAUAUAAAACAUAUUGAUUUCACAAAUAUUUAUUUUGUUAUCAACAAACUUGUAGAAACUUUUCAACAGUUAUUAGCUGAUGAGUAAAUAAAAAUAAAUUCUGAAUUUAUAUUUAAUAAAUCCAUAGGCCAAAAUAAGUUUUUUAAUUAGAUUCUUAUCCAUAUAAAAUUAAAAGUAACCAAGCCUUAAGGGCAGAAUAAUAUCAUAUGUUCACCGUUUUCGCAUUGGCAAGCUUAUCAGAUAGAUAUUUCUAUAAGUUUUUCGAGUUAUAAAGUGUGCAUAAUUUUAUGGUCGUUUUCAAAUUUACAUACUCCGCUAGAAUAAGCUUGAAACCUUUUUAAAGUUGGAAAGUUAGCAUAAGUUUGUGUAGCUGGUUGUGGAGCAGUUGGGAAAUAGAAAAAGUUACAUAAGUAAGCCAAAGAUUUAAUCUUAAUGUUCAAGGAAAGACUUUGAAAUGCAGCAAAUAUAUUAUUGUUCGAUUAAAGUCGAAAAAUUUGCAAGGGCUAAGAGAAAUAAAAAUUUAAAAAUCAGCCAAAAAAAUUCCAUAUUUGCAAAUAAUUCCAUUGGAAAUAAAACUUACGAAGUAUUCAAUGAAAACUCUAUAAAUCGAAUUAUCUGCAAUGUGAUUGUACAAAAUAAAACAUGAGCGAAAAAACUGGAAAAUUUGCAUAACGAUUCAUAGCAGUAAACUUAAAUGAAGCUUAAUUAACCGUGUAUAUUAUAAUUUACAUUAAGCUAAACGUUUUUUAAGCACAUGCGUGCAUUAACUCAAUU